AUGACUACCAAUAUCACUGAUCUAUUCACCGACGAAGCCUCAAAUGGCAUCCUCGACCUAUGGUUUGCAGACGCAGGGCCUUACCCUACCCAUGAGCAAGCAAUGCGCUGGUUCAAAGCCGACGAAGGAUUCGACGAAGAGAUACGCACUAAAUUCGGCCCCCUCCUCACGCAAAUAACCUCAACCCCACCCUCCACUAUUCUCUCUCUCGCCACUACCCCGCACCGCGCCCUCUCCCUCGUCCUCCUCCUCGAUCAAUUCCCACGCAACCUCUUCCGCGGCGAUCUCUCCGCGCACGUCUAUACCACUACCGACCCCCUCGCUAUCGCCGUUGCCAACCACUCCAUCGCGCAUAACCUGGACCUCGGCCCCAACGACGAAUGGCGCGCCCUCCUCUCGCGGCGAAUGUGGUUCUGGCUGCCCUUCACGCACUCGGAGGACCCGGCGCUGCAUGUGCGGGCCCAGAAGGAGUUUGCGAAGCCAGUGCUAGAGUUGAUUGGGGAUGGGGAGGGGAAGGAGAUGGCAGCGAUGCUGGUCAAGUCAGGGGCUGAACAUCUGGAGGUUGUGGAAAAGUUCGGGAGGUAUCCGUACAGGAAUAAGGUUCUUGGGAGGGAGAGUACGGAGGAGGAGAAGAAGUGGCUAGAGAACCCAGUAGAUUGGGCGAGGUGA